AGGGAAGUGUCGUGGUGCGCUUACAACACCUAGUACGUUUACGGCCUGUAAAUAUAGUGAGAUUGGUUUUAAUCCGAAGUUGAACAAAAGAGAAAUUACGUUGCUGUCUUUGCUGCGUAUUUUUGGAAAAGGUAAGCAAGAAACUGUUACAUUAAGCCACACAAAGUUUGCAGAUAACAACGUUUAAAAUCGGAGCUGAAUGUUUCACAAUGAAGGUUCUGUUCUGUAUUGUCCUUGCCAUUGUCAUGGUAACUUUACAGGCCAAGAAAAUAAAACCGAACAAAUAUUUCAAUCCCUUGUCUGAUGAGUUCAUCAGUCAUAUCAAUUCCAUGAAGUCAACAUGGAAGGCAGGACGUAAUUUUGACAAAAGCUUCCCCAUGGGGGCUCUUACCCAAAUGAUGGGUGUGCAUCCUGAUUCCAACUUGUACAUGCCUCCAGUGAAAAAUGUGAGCCAUCUCUACAGCAACCAAGCAGUUCCCGAGUCAUUUGAUGCCAGAGAUCAGUGGCCUGACUGCCCAACAAUUCAGGAAAUUAGAGAUCAAGGCUCUUGUGGAUCAUGCUGGGCCUUUGGGGCUGUAGAGGCCAUGUCAGAUCGGAUAUGCAUCCAUUCCAAGGGAAAAGUUAAUGCCCACAUUUCUGCUGAGAAUUUAGUUAGUUGCUGCUACACUUGUGGCUUUGGCUGCAAUGGGGGCUUUCCUGGAGCUGCUUGGAGCCAUUGGGUAAAGAAAGGCAUUGUUACUGGAGGCAAUUUCAAUUCAAGCCAAGGAUGUCAGCCGUACAUUAUUCCUGCGUGUGAACAUCACACAACUGGUGAUCGACCACCUUGCGCGGAAGGAGGCGGUACUCCAAAGUGCCUUAAAACCUGCAUCGAAGGUUACACAGUCGACUACUCACAAGACCUUCAUUAUGGUGCUUCUUCCUACUCGGUUCACAAACGCGUAGAAGAUAUACAAUUGGAGAUUAUGAAUAACGGACCUGUGGAAGGUGCUCUGACCGUCUACGAGGAUUUCCCUAUGUAUAAAUCAGGUGUUUACCAACAUUUACAUGGAAAAGCACUCGGAGGUCAUGCAAUCCGUAUUCUUGGUUGGGGUGUUGAAGAUGGUACUCCCUAUUGGCUUAUUGCAAACAGUUGGAAUACUGACUGGGGUGAUAAUGGUUACAUCAAAAUCUUACGUGGCAAAGAUCAUUGUGGCAUAGAAAGUCAAAUCACAGCUGGUUUGCCAAAACUCUAAGUUUCGUUGUGUAUUAUUACUUUUACGGACUGAAAUCUUGUGUUUUGUUAUCUAGGAUCUUUGUUUCAGUGGUACUCUUCCUUUUGUGCUCUAUUCAUUUAAUUAGAUUUGAAUUAAACUAAGGAAUUUUGAAGAAAAAUAAAUCAAUUUGGUUCAAAGAUAGUUGCUGGCCACGGGGGGUGUGAACAGAUAUUGUUACAAUUUGUUGUUACAGUGUUGAAGGUUUAAGUUUAUUCCUGCGCGAUGCUUUUGAUAAAUGCGUCCAAAAACGGGAGUUAGUGAACUUUUAGAAAUUUCUAUUUGCGUUAUCCCACCAACUAAAGUGCAUCAUUAGCGUAGUAUUUUUUUUGUUAUUUAAGUGUAAUUCAAAAACUACAAGGCCAAUUAAAAAAUUUGAUUUUCGUAA